ACUUCAAUCCUAGGAUAUAAAUAAGUUAGGGACAACUGCGCGGUAAGGUCCGGAUGGUGAGGGUUACCCAUGGAUCUAUACCGGUGCUCACCUUGCCCCUCGCCGCUACUAGACCUUUUUGCCUCCACCUUUUUUCAUAUUGCUUUUAUAGUAGGCCCGUACAUCCAAGGGGGGUUCGAAAGAACCCUCCACCCUGCCAACACCACUCGACUGGAAGGUCCGCUCUAAUUGAGGAAAAUUGAAGUACUACUACGAGCUACCUUCGAAAAAAUGGUCCGCUUUGUGGGUAAACGAACCCCCGCUCAAAAUCCUGGCUACGGGCCUGUGUAACAACCACAAUAGGAGUACCCUGCUAGCAGAGCUUUCUUCCUGUUUUUUCCUAUCAGUUAACUUAUCCGUGUCGCAACGAGCAACAAACGGACACAAAAACGAGAACGCGAAAGAAAAGAGACGCGACAGACUGAUGGAAGCAGCUGAAGAAAGCAGCUGAAGAAAGCUCUGCUAGCAGGAUACAAUAAGAGGCAAUCAAUCCAGAAAAAAGUUUUUUUAGAUUUUUUUCGCUACGCUUUUAGAAAUAAAUUAUAGCUCAAUUUAAAGAACACAUGAUGGUGCAAAUUUCCAAAGAAAUAAGAAAUUCAGAAAUAUUGUUUUUGACACGGAAGAGAGCUGUUGCUUUGCGAUGGAAUACGCAAUUGGCUGUGAAGGAAUGUAUACAACUUACCGCUGUGAUACCAUGGGUGACGAAUAGCCCCUACAAGAUGUCAAAGAGAAUUAUAAAUAGGUAACGUAGUUGAGGUAAUAGAACCGAAGAUGCCAUUCGCGAAGCGUACACGUAAAAAGAAAACAAACCCGAAAGAGAAAGUAACGCCAAAAAGGACUUUCUGGCGGUAUGUGGUGGAAGUGGUAUCUCCCAGAGGAAGAAAAAGCAAAAGUAGGGAUAUGAAAAGAAAUAUAAUAUCGCCUAGAGAUAUUUCAAUAACUCUCGAAACCGAGGAAGAUUCGUGCAAGACGAGUGAUCAAAUUGAGGCAGAACUUUUCCACCCGAAUUCUGUUUCUACGAGGAGAUCUGGCGUUGGGUUUUUAGAAAGUGUUUGGACUUUAAAUGGCGACGAAACGGACUGGAAAACGUUAAGAAACAGUACUUCAUCGGAUUUGCAUAAGACACCAAUCACUACUACGCAUGUAUACGCCAGUAAAAACAGAACAAGAAAAAAUUCAAAAACAGACGCGAAGCCAUGUGAGCUCGUUAGCGAAGAAAGUUUUGAAUGGGCCAAGGACGUGCGUUUUGGCAAUGGUGGAAACACUCUUGAAAUGAGCAUGGGAAAGUUGAGCAUCAUUGGCGAUCAAACUGUACAUUCUGCUAAAGGAAACGAAUUGAAGUCUUUAAGAAAGACUCAUUUAAUUAAACAGAGAAGAAAGCUUCUUUUCAAGCCAAUUUCUCCUGUGCAGGGGACAAGUGAAGAGAAGCCGACACACAACCACGCUGUGUCGGACCAAAAUAAUGGAACAAAUUGCUCUACAUCGCACACCCCGCUGCGCAAAUCCCUCACGUUUUCUGCGAAUGAAAAUAAAUCACGCAACCAUUUUAGUAUUCUUAGCUUUAAAAGGCGAAAAAGUUCUAAAAAGAGAGACUCUGCUCGAGAUUGUACAGAUCAAGAUGGCACUGCCGCGCUUCUGCGUGCUGCCAAGAACAAUAGCAGUGCACAAGCAAGCUUUCUCAUCAAUCAUGGGCUGUCGACCGAGGUCGUCGACACACGCGGUUGGUCGCCAUUGUUCAUCGCGUUGGAAAACGAUAAUUUUGAAUGCGCAGAUGUCCUUGUAAACUUGCGUGCCAAUGUCAACUUUAAAAACGAGCAUUUUAAGCAUAAAACAAUUCUGCACGAAUUGAGCCGGCUCGGGAAGUAUAAAGCUGUGGAGUUUUUGCUAAGCCGUGGGGCAAAUCCCAGCGCGCCGGACGACUCGGGCUGGCCUCCUUUCCACUACGCGUUGAUGGCCAAGUGUCUCAAGUGCGCUGCUUUACUUAUAUCGUUUGGUGCAGACGCAAGGACGUAUACCCUAAAGCGCGUAGAGGAAUACGAAGACUGCAUGCGGCUUGUGGCGCAAGGGAAAUGGCAGUACAAAUGGAAAGAAACUCUUGAUAUUGACAUAGAGUCCACUACUGUGUUAUGAGGCCUAAAUAACGCAUACUACUCGAAAAAGGAUAAGCAGAAUAAGAGUAAAUAGAUGAAUGGAAGAGAAUGGGAAACCCAGAAAACGCAGACAAGGAAAAAGCAAACAUUUAGUUAGUCACAGGUAGGAGAAGAAAAAAAAGAGGGGGACAAAAUAUGUUUUUGAAUGAAAGGAUAGAUGGGCAUUAGUUGUAUUUCUUGUCAAUUCUAUACUUUGACUUAUUACUGUAUUAAAAAGCAUGAAUAAGACUGA